UCCGCGAUAGUGCCAAGGGCAGUAACUAGUGCACAUCAUCGGCCAUCCAUUGCUUGCGAUUUACCAAGGGCCAACAUAAUCAUAUACAAUCGUAUAUGCAUCGUUGCAUGCAUACAUGUAACUUUCUGUGUGUGUUAGUGACACAUUUUGAUUGAAGUGAAAAAUAUAUAAGAAUUCGUACAAUCAGUGAGUUAAUAGAGAAAAAAUAAUCAAUUUGUCGCUUAGUCAGAGAUUAGACAAUACUCUUGAAUUGUGAACAUGGAAAUAUCGAGGCAGGAACAUGGCCGUUCGUUCCGAAGUUCAAGAUUCACCAACUCGGAACAAGCAAUCAACUACAAUCCAUGGAACAAACGUUUCUCACCGAUAGAUCCAGACUAUCAACCAGAAAUGCCACACUUUGUUCGAAAAACUCAGAGAGGCCCACAUCCAUAUAACAGAAACCAUUCGGGUCAACGUUCACAACAAGCAAGCUCCAGCAGCAAUAACAUACCAUCACUUCUGAACUUGGAGAUACCACCACAACCACUCUUAUUACCUCACGAUGUCGAACCAGUGAGAACAGAUUUCGCGAACCUCGAUCGUCAACUGGAACCUGAACCGUAUGAUGAUUACGAUGAUUCUUCACCGGCUGUGGAUGUUGAGCAUAUGACCGAGGAAGAAUACUUGAGAGAAGAGUACAAGACUAAGCAACAAAUCGAGGAGAUUAUUGCAGUAGCCCAAGCGUUGAGGGAGAAACUCGACCGAGAAGAAGAAUUGAGACGACAAGCGGAUCAGUCGAUUCCAAAAUUGAUGGAUCUUAAACCGAAGAUUCCAAGUCUUCUAGAAAUCUACGUACCACCGCCGAAUAUUCAAGAGGAAACCUGCUGGAAUUGCAAUUGCCCUGGACAUAGAUUCAAUCAUUGUAACAUGCCACGGCAAAGAAAGUUUUGCUAUAGAUGUGGAGCUCCUGGUUUCGAUGUUGCCUCCUGUCGCUCAUGCACAUAAUUGCAAUUGCAUCUGAUUCUCGACGACGGAUUAAACAUGGUUUCGCCAAAGAACAUCAAUCGCGGUAACGUCUAUGAUUGAGGUGUUAGGUUGUGUUUUUUUCUACAGAUUCUCUUGUUGGCUGGCAUAAACUUCAGUGUCUUCUGUAUAAUUAAUGCAAGUUACUUUCUACGUCGUCGAUGAUAUGUACGAUUUUUGCAUAAUGUAAUUAGUUUUAUUAAUUUUAGUUAAUGGAAAAGUACACAUUUAGUUAAUUAUACAAUUUUAAUAGUUGACAAAGUUAAUAUAAAAAUACUUUGUUAAACAACUUUUAUGAUGUCAAAGAAAAGAUAAGGCGUAAAGAUUUCAUUUCUUACAGAGUUAAUAUGGUGUAAAAAAUAAUAUUGAUGCAACUAAUUCUUUUUACAUAAUAGUUUCACUUAACACUUACUUGAAAGUGUCAUAUGUUUAUUUAUUGACAUCGUUUUCUAAUCGAUAAUUUAGUCGAAUGAAGAGCAUCACAUACACAUGUAACCGCAAAAAAAGUCACAUAGUGAGCUGAUUGGCAGUUAGAGUAUACACGAGUACGGAAUAGAUUUUUAGAAUUUUAUUUUUUUGUUUGGCACUAGAUAAAUGGAAUUAUUAAGAUUUAGUAAGUACUCUUAUGCUUUAAAAUUGUAAAUCUAGCAGACAUUCGAAAUGCAUUAAGGCAAAAUAAUUUUGCUAAUGCAAAUAAUAUUAUCGAUAAUUUGUAUGUCGACCUGAUGAGUUAACGAUUCACUGUAAACCUUAAUAAAUCAAACUGUAAAGUUAUCGAUAUUUUAAAGAAUAAAUCUUC